AUGUUGACUUCGUGGGGAAAGGCAGGUCUACUGCUAGGUCUUGCGUUCGUCGCUGUAGCCGAUGAUGUUAUCACUAGUGACGCCUACUUCUAUGGUGACUCGCCUGCCGUUUACCCAACACCCGAAGGAACUGGUGUUGGUGAUUGGGCAUCGGCCUACAAGAAGGCCAGGGCAUUUGUUGGCAAGCUCUCUGAUGAUGAAAAUGUCAACCUGACUGCUGGUGUUUCUUCAAAGACUGGCUGCUCUGGGUACAUCCAGGCUAUUGACCGCUUGGGGUUCCCAGGAAUCUGUGUGAACGAUGCUGGAAAUGGGCUAAGAGGAACCGACUACGUCAACGGUUGGGCAUCCGGGAUCUCCGUCGGAGCCAGUUGGAACCGGGAUCUUGCCAAUGAUCGAGGUACUUUCAUGGGCAGGGAAUACCGAAGGAAGGGUGUUAACAUGAUACUUGGUCCUGUCGUUGGUCCCCUCGGCCGUGUGGCACUUGGUGGUCGUAAUUGGGAAGGAUUCUCAAACGACCCGUACCUGAGUGGGAUUUUGGUCGCCGAAUCCGUCAAGGGUCUACAGUCCCAGAAUGUUGCGACUUCUCUCAAGCACUUCAUUGGCAACGAGCAGGAAACAAACCGCAACCCAACCACGGAUUCAGCAGGAAAUGCCAUUCAGUCGGUCUCUUCCAACAUUGACGACAAGACUAUCCACGAGCUUUAUAUGUGGCCCUUCCAGGAUGCCAUCCUUGCCGGUGCUACUAAUAUUAUGUGCUCGUAUAACCGUCUGAACAACUCCUACGCAUGCCAGAACAGCAAGGCCCUCAAUGGCUUGUUAAAGACCGAGCUGGGCUUCCAAGGUUAUGUCAUCACGGACUGGUAUGCUCAACAUGCUGGGAUUGCUGGCGCCAAUGCUGGAUUGGACGUCGUCAUGCCCUCUUCUCAGACCUGGAACAGCAAUUUGACCACCGCUAUUGCAAAUGGAACUCUGAAGGCUUCUCGUUUGGAUGACAUGAUCACGAGACUCAUGGCCACCUGGUAUUAUUUGGACCAAGACUCUGCCUUCCCCAACCCCGGCGUUGGAAUGCCCAGUAGCGCGAGUGCUGCUCACCAGGCUAUCAUUGCCACCUCUAAAGAGGCAAAGCCACUCCUUCUGCAGGCAGCCGUCGAGAGCCACGUUCUCCUCAAGAACACUGAGAAUACCCUUCCUCUCAAGUCGCCGAAGUUGAUCUCCGUUUUCGGUUACGACGCUCAUGGCCCGAUGUCUCUCGACCUUGCCUCCAGCUUCAACUUCGGAUCAACUCAGACGCGAUCUGACCUGUAUCAGAAUGGAACUCAGUGGGUUGGUGGGGGCUCUGGUGCCAACUCGCCCGCUUAUUUGGAUGCUCCUAUUGAUGCUAUUCAACGCCGGGCUUACCAAGACGGCUCUUCCGUUCUCUGGGACUUCACCUCCGAGAACCCCUCUGUGGAUUACACUUCAGAUGUGUGCCUGGUCUUCAUCAACGCCUACGCCACGGAGGGCUAUGACCGCGAAGCUCUGUCUGAUUCUCACAGCGACGCCAUUGUGACUAAUGUCGCCAAAAACUGCGCCAACACCGUCGUGGUGGUUCACAACGCUGGCAUCCGUACCGUUCAGUCGUGGGUUGACCACGUCAACGUCACCGGUAUCAUCUUUGCCCACCUCCCUGGCCAGGAUACCGGCCGCGCUUUGGUGGAGAUCCUCUACGGAGACUCUAACCCCUCCGGCCGACUCCCUUACACCGUUGCCAAGAAUGAUUCAGACUAUGGUUCUCUGCUUGAGCCGGCGCAGCCGGAAGGCAAGUACGAGUACUUCCCUCAGUCAGACUUUGAUGAGGGCGUUUACAUUGAUUACCGGGCCUUUGACAAGGAAGGAAUCGAGCCUCAGUACGCAUUUGGAUACGGUCUUUCCUACACAACCUUCGACUACUCCAACUUGAAGGUGUCCAAAAAGUCCGCUUCGCCCUCUACCUACCCGCCCAAGGCAGCCAUUCUUCCUGGCGGAAAUCCCCAUCUCUUUGAUGAGCUGGUGACCGUUACCGCUGCUGUCAAGAAUACCGGAAGCAUUGAUGGCAAGGAGGUUGCCCAGCUGUAUAUUGGUAUCCCCAACGGCCCUGUUCGCCAGCUUCGCGGCUUUGACAAGGUCUUGAUCAAGUCUGGCAAGUCGACUACUGUUACUUUCAGCUUGACUCGUCGUGACCUGAGCACAUGGGAUACUGUUGCACAGGAGUGGCUGCUCCAGCGGGGAGCCUACAAAGUCUAUGUUGGUCGCAACAGCAGAGACCUGCCUCUUGAGGCCACCCUGACCUUCUAA